GAGAACCGAGCGGAGCUGGUUGAGCCUUCAAAGUCCUAAAACGCGCGGCCGUGGGUUCGGGGUUUAUUGAUUGAAAUCCGCCGGCGCGGGAGCCUCUGCAGAGAGAGAGCGCGAGAGAUGGAGAUGGGCAGACGGAUUCAUUUAGAGCUGCGGAACAGGACGCCCUCUGAUGUGAAAGAACUUGUCCUGGACAACAGUCGGUCGAAUGAAGGCAAACUCGAAGGCCUCACAGAUGAAUUUGAAGAACUGGAAUUCUUAAGUACAAUCAACGUAGGCCUCACCUCAAUCGCAAACUUACCAAAGUUAAACAAACUUAAGAAGCUUGAACUAAGCGAUAACAGAGUCUCAGGGGGCCUGGAAGUAUUGGCAGAAAAGUGUCCGAACCUCACACAUCUAAAUUUAAGUGGCAACAAAAUUAAAGACCUCAGCACAAUAGAGCCACUGAAAAAGUUAGAAAACCUCAAGAGCUUAGACCUUUUCAAUUGCGAGGUAACCAACCUGAAUGACUAUCGAGAAAACGUGUUCAAGCUCCUCCCGCAACUCACAUAUCUCGACGGCUAUGACCGGGACGACAAGGAGGCCCCUGACUCGGAUGCUGAGGGCUACGUGGAGGGCCUGGAUGAUGAGGAGGAAGAUGAGGAUGAGGAGGAGUAUGAUGAAGAUGCUCAGGUAGUGGAAGACGAGGAGGACGAGGAUGAGGAGGAGGAAGGUGAAGAGGAGGACGUGAGUGGAGAGGAGGAGGAGGAUGAAGAAGGUUAUAAUGAUGGAGAGGUAGAUGACGAGGAAGAUGAAGAAGAGCUUGGUGAAGAAGAAAGGGGUCAGAAGCGAAAACGAGAACCUGAAGUUGAGGGAGAAGAUGACGACUAAGUGGAAUAACCUAUUUUGAAAAAUUCCUAUUGUGAUUUGACUGUUUUUACCCAUAUCCCCUCCCCCUCUCCAAUCCUGCCCCCUGAAACUUAUUUUUUUCUGAUUGUAACGUUGCUGUGGGAACGAGAGGGGAAAAGUGUACUGGGGGUUGUGGGGGGAGGGAGGGCGGGAGGGGGUGGAAUAAAAUACUAUUUUUACUGCCA